CCCGACGCACACCACAUGCCAAAGCUUAUUUAAUGGAAUGGAUGCAUGACUCCUACGAGCUGCUCGCGGACCGGCGGAUUGACCAGCUGCUGCUGCCCGGCACCCACGACAGCGCGGCGCACACGCUCGCUGCCGACCAGCCGCGGCUUGGCCCCUCCGCGGCGGACCGCUUCCUAGCAUGGCUGGCACGCGCCUUUCCCUCCGCCGUAGCGCCCUGGACGCUGACUCAGCACGCCCCUGUGUACGACCAGCUGCGCGCCGGCGUGCGCUUCCUGGACCUCCGCGUGGCGUGGAGCCCCCCGGUCCCGGGGGGAAACCCCCGAACAGGGACGGGCGACGGGGUGUUCUGGUGCGCGCACACGUUCGCGUGCCAGCCGCUCAAGGCAGUCCUGCAGGACGUGUCUGACUUCCUGGCUGCCACCUCGCACGAGGUGCUGGUGCUGGCGCUGCGGCCCGACUGGCCACACCGCCAGCCCUUCACCCAGCACCCACACCUGGGGCCGCGACUGGCGGCUGACGUGGCGGCAGCCCUGCGCGGCCAGCUGUACCCGCCGCCGCCGCCGGUGGCGCCGCAGCAGUUGGUGGCGGCGCCGCCGCGGAAAGCGGCGCCAGCGGGCGGGACUGAGGGGAGAGGAGGUGGCGAGUUGGGAGGACCAGGCUCAGGAGCUGAUGACAUGGCAGUAACAGCUGACGUGGACGUACCGGUAUCAGCGGAAGCAGCAGCAGUAGCAGCAGCAGUAGCAGCAGCAGCAGCAGCAGCAGCAGGUGGGCUGCAGCUGCCCUCGCUGCGGGCAAUGGUGGAGAGCGGUCGCCGCGUUCUGGUCUUCUUUGACCCCCCGCGAGUGCCUGCGUCAGACGGUGGAACGUCGGUACCAGCGGGGCGCCUGCGGCCGCAUCCUCAGCCGCCGCCACCGUCGGCCCGCGUCACGCCGCCGCCAGCAAUGCAGCCAGCAGUUGGCGCGUGUCCAGUAGGUGCAAGAGUGAGUGAUGCCGGCGGCUGCUGCGGGUGUGGGCCGCCGGCGCUAAGAGCCGGCUUGCGGCUCCGCACAUGCUUUCAAGGCGGCGGCAACGCGAGGGACGUCGCCGCGCCCUCCCGUGUCAGUUCCGCUAUCGCCGCCGGUGCCGGUGCCCCUGCGGAUAGCGCUGCAGCCAUGCCCCGUGUAUGCACUGCCCGCACCUCCUGCGCGGCGGCAGCGGCCAGUCUCCACCCGCCCCCUAGCUACCGCCGCCCCACCCCCACCACCACCACCACCAGCAGUAGCGACGGUGAUCGCUGCAGCAGCGACGCCGGCGCCGGCGCCGAGGGCGAUGCCGGUGGCGACUGCGACUGUGGCGCGGCGGCGGCGGCGGUGGUGAAACCGCCGUGCAGCCACGCACCACACCUCCACCAUGGCGACUGCAACGGCCUGGCGGGGGACCUCCCAGGGGACCGGCUGUGGCUGGGGUCCCUGUGUCGGCCGCUGUGGGCGGACAGCAGCAGCCCAAGAGGCACUGUCACAGGCCUGCUGCAGAUGCUGGCAGACGCCCGCCGCCGGCCGCUGGGCCCCGGGCCGUGCUGGCACGCCGCCGCCGCCGCCACGCCCACGCCGCUCAGUGUCGUACGAGACGUGCUGAGGUACGGCUUGGCGGCGGCCGGGCUGCGGCGGCUAGCGGCUGAGCUGGAGGCGGAAGAGCUGCCGCGACUGCUGGCGGCGGCGGCGCCGGUGCCCGCAUCCGGGCCGGCGGCGGCGCAUGCCGCGGAGCAUGCUUCAGCGGCGAUAGCGGAGGCAGCGGCAUCAGAGCGACGGGCGAUGGCGCUGGUGCGGACACCGAUGCCUUCAACCGCAGCUGGGCAAGUGGCAUGGAGGGGUGCUGGUGCUACGCAGGGCGCGGGUGCUGUAGCUGCAGGUAGCGGCGGCUGCGGCAGUAGCUGCGCUGCAGCAGGCGUUGGCGUUGGCGAUGGCGAUGGCCGUGGCGGUGGCGAUGGCGGUGGCGGGGACCUGCAGCUCUGGCGUGCUGCACGGAAUGAGGGCAGCCUCGACAUGCCUGGUGGCGCCGGGGCGGGCCCGGGCGGGCUGCUGCGGUGGGGUCGCGUGUUUGCGGUGUGUCUGGACCACCCCAGCCCGGAGGCCCUGGAGGCGGUGUGGCGUCUCAACCUGGUGCCGUCACCGCCUGCUUGAGGUUGGCAUGGGGGAUGGGGCGGGACCGGAGGUGACACGCGUGCCUUGUCAACGUGACUGUGAGGGAUAGAGCUUCGGCAGCGCAUGAGUCCGGACGUCCGACUCGGGGGGAUCGAUGCGAUGCUGGAGCGUCAUGGGUGGGUUAGUGGUUUCAUAACGUGCGAUGCUGGAGCGUCAUAGAAUCAUCGCGUGAUGUGUGUAACUGUGUGUUUGUGGGCUGUGCUGAACUCCCCUGGUGUUGGUGGCUGUGAAGUCUGCGCGCUGUCAUCAGCUGUGGGGACGUGUCCUGGAUUUGGCACUACUGAACGGACAUGCGCUGAGGACCGGUGAUUUCGCCGUGGACCAGCCGAUCCGGGGAAAUGU